AAUGGGAUUGUAAGAUAUAUGUAUUUAACCUCUAGGGAUAUAAAAAUGAGAUUAGUAUUGAGUAACACAUUCAUGUCACUAGUGGUUGUUUGUAAUCUUGCUUAUUACUCAUACUUAAAAGAGAAUGAUGAUAACCAUAUUAAAGGAACUUCAUUAAUUACUAACAUACCAACAACAGAUCCUGAUAAAUAUUCAAGCUACUUAAGUCUUUCAAUUGCUGCUUUUUGCUUGAUGUUAGUAGGAUUUUUGAUUGGAAUGGUUCAACCAUUUUUAAAAUAGGCUGCUCUUACUUAUGUUUAAGCUUUACUAAUAUUGACAGGAUAUGUUUGUUUGUUUGCAGGAAUAUUUAUUCUAGACUCAUUUUCUUAUGGAUUUAAAGAUGGCGAACCUUUCAAUUAUUAAGUGGCUGAAUUUUUUGCAAUAGGAGGUGUUUUUAUUUAAGGGAUGGUAAAUUCCUGGAGGCAAAGAUCUGUCAGUUGAA